CUGAAAAUGGUGUUACCCAGCCCUAUAUAAAUCUGUACACGAAAACGAGGCUUCCUCUUGAAGUGGAACCGACAACAUGAGUUCCAAAGUAUCUCGUGACACCCUGUACGAGUCCGUCCAGGCUGUCCUGGAGCAUUCUACUAGUAAGAGGAAGAGGAAGUUUAACGAGACCGUUGAACUACAGAUCAACCUGAAGAACUAUGAUCCGCAGAAGGACAAGCGUUUCUCUGGCACCAUCAAGCUGAAGUACAUUCCCAAACCGAAGUACAGAGUGUGCGUUCUGGGCGACCAGCAGCAUUGCGACGAGGCGCAGGCCAACAAUGUCGAGUGCAUGGACGCUGAUGCCCUCAAGAAGCUCAACAAGAGCAAGAAGUUGGUGAAGAAACUCGCGAAGAAGUACGAUGCCUUUCUUGCGUCCGAUUCUCUCAUCAAGCAGAUUCCUCGUAUCCUCGGUCCGGGUCUGAACAAGGCCGGAAAGUUCCCCACGCUGCUGACUCACACGGAGAGCAUCGUUGGAAAGGUGGACGACGUCAAGGCAACCAUCAAAUUCCAGAUGAAAAAGGUGCUGUGCUUGGCUAUUGCUGUCGGACACGUGGGAAUGAAUGAGGACGAGCUGGUGGCAAACAUAUCGCUAGCUAUCAACUUCCUCGUGUCGCUACUGAAGAAGAACUGGCAGAACAUCCGCUCCUUGUACAUUAAGAGCACGAUGGGACCUCCCCAGCGAAUGUAUUAAUGUUACUGUACGAGUGUACGGCUGUGUGGCGACGGAUAGUGGUGGAAAUAAAUUGUUGUGAACAAGAA